AUGCCGCCCUCUCAGAACGGCAAGGCCGCCAAGGCUCGUCGUCGCAAGCCUUCACUCCUUCCUUCCGACGAGGCGGCGAAGGUCAAGAUUCGUGGUCGCAAGCCCGGUGCUCCGGAAGUCACCGAAGAUAUCCAGGGUUGGCUCUCCAAGCAAUGGACCAGCGAUCGCAUCGCUCCACUCCUGACCAACCCGAACAAGACUUUGGCCCCUAAGGAGUACCUGUCCCCCGAAGAUGCGGAGAAUCUGGCGAUCCAGCACGUCGGCAUCAACGAGGCCAUCGCGACGUUCUCACUCGUCUCUUCAAGAUGGACCCCCUCGGACGGCGUCAGGAGCAGGAGACGGAGUCGCAAUACAACGCAAGGCUCGGCGUUAUUCUACUUCUUGACCAAGGCGAGCAAAGCCCAUCACGCAACACCACGCCCCGCCCCGGUCGUCGUCAUUGAUCUCCCUUCCUUCAAUCGCGUCCCCCAGAAGCGCCAGCCCGUCCAUAUCUACGCCGCACAACGUGCCGAGCAGGACAAGCGCGCUCGGGAGAGCACAGCUGGGCAAGUCAUCAGCGUUCAAGAUGACCUGGGCGUAAACGGUGACACAACCGACUCGGAGCUGGCCUUCGGUGGUGAAUGGGAGCAGGACGAUGUCGGCGAUGCCUCCGUGGCAGAGGCGUCUGGCAACAAAGGUAAGAGGCAAGGCGUCAUUCACGAGAUCAUGAAGGAGUAUCGCGACGAAUGGAACAACCUCUCUCAAGAGGAGCAGCAACCGUACAUCGAUGCCGCUCAGGAAGAGACGGCGAGGAGGGUUGAGGCGAUGAAUAACGGUGAUAAGUCGUUUGCUCGCGAUAUGCUCCCCGAGUCCACGAUCAAGUUCCAUGAGGCCGUUGAAAUCAUUGAGAAUGGGGUCUCGAGGACGAAGGAGACCCUCUGGACCAUAAAUGCGGAGCAAACCAACGAAGUCGUGACAACCGUCUGUCAAAGCGGCGUGCCGCCAAAGUCGCACACGAGCGGCGACACCUCCGAAGGUGGCUCGGUCCCAGACGAAGAGCACGCGGCCAUGAGCGAGUCCGCGACCCCGGACUUCCUCCUAGAUGUUGAUGACGACCCCCUCAACAUAUCACAACUUGAUCUCCCUGAGGAGGACGUCGUCACGCAUGCGACUUCCCAGGUGGCAUUCACGUUGGAAGUCGCUACCACCUAUGACGCCGUGCCCGCCCCCAACACCACACAGAGCGCCGCCCGAUGCACACGCUGCGCCCGAACGCUGCGCCCCGCCCCCCCACACGCGACCGCGCGCGCCCCCCCCCCCCCCACGCUGACGCUCGGACGAUACCCGCGACCCCCCGACCGACGCCAACACCGCCCCCCGACGAGGCCAACCCACGCCUGCUACCGAAGCCGACGCUACGCCCCCGCCGACGUCAACGCCACGCCCGCGACCGUCACAGAUGCAACGCGGACGUCGUCUAAGAAGGCCCCGUCAAAGACUCCGGCGAAGGCCCUGAAGAAGGCCCUGCCCAAGUCCCGAUGGCUCUUCCGGUCUCCGACCCCACCACCGACCCUCCGCGUGCAAGGAAUCCCAAGACCAAGUCUGCACCCCCGCUCCGCCGUGCCCACGGCCAACGCCAACGCCGAACGCGCGCCUGAGUCUCAGGCUGCAGGCGCGGCCCCUGCGGACACCGAGCACGCACCGCGAGCACGCCAGAAGAGUCGUAGGCUGAAGGACGCCGAAGAGUCAAAUCGGAUCCUGGAUGAGCUUGAGAAGAAGCGCGGGAGCAGCAGUUCGACCAAGCGCGGCGCGAAACGCGCCGGUCAAGCUCUCGAAACGUCGGACGCGAAGAGCAAGAAGAUCUCAACGACCGUUGGCGGUAUGCAGGAGACGACAGGGAAGGGUCGAGGCAAGAAGGGGACCAGUGGAGCCGCGAAGUAG